AUCCUUUCAUCUACAAACACACAAUCUCUGAAGCAGAUUGGAAGGAUCGAUCAGGAUGGCUUCUCUCAACUUCUGUGCGGAAUGGUGAGUAUCGGUUGAAGGCUUGGCAGCUUCGAUAUGCGCUUGGUGUGAAUCGGCAUAUCAAUACUGACACAUCCCACUUCCAUUCUUCUCGCACUGCUCAGCAACAAUUUGCUGUACCCAAAAGUACAGCAAUCAACAAUGACGCUGAUGAAUUCAUGCAGAACAUGUCCAUAUGCGGAACCGGCUCGCAAUGUGAUGGUAUACCGAAACGAUUUGAUGAGCGUUUCAAAGGAACAGGCCGGUGUGAUUGAUCAAUUGAUGAAGGAUCCGACCUUGCCCCGAUCGCGAGAACAUUCUUGUCCAAAGUGCGGUAAUAAUGAAUCGGUAUUCUUCCAGGAUCAAAGUAAGCGGACAUUCAAUCGAAUGAUUUACUUCUUCGUUUGCACGCAAUGCAAUUAUUGUUUCAAGGAUGACAAUAUCAAAAUUUGAUGGCGGACCCGUCUAUCCGGUCCGGAUCGUACCAAUUUGUAACCAUAGUAGCAUCUCGUCAGCACACAUUCUGUAAUAUAUUGAUAAAGGACCAAACGUCGUGGGCUGUGUUAUUGCUGCCCCAGCGGUGUUUUCGUCACCGCACAUUCAAUGUCAGCUUCCGUCGAAACCUCAGCCCUCGUUUAUGAAAUCAUUUUCGAGUCGAACAAA